AUGGCGCGCCUUGGUCGCCUCGGCUUUCUGGGCAUUGCCGUCGUGUUCCAUCUCGUGUAUAUUUAUUCCAUCUUCGACAUCUACUUUGUUUCUCCAAUUGUGAGUGGAAUGCGAAGUCAUGGUGUCGAUGCGCCAACUGCCCCCGCAAAGCGUCUGGUCUUAUAUGUCGGCGAUGGACUUCGCGCCGACAAAGCCUUUCAAUAUUUUCCUGAUCCAUCAAGGUCCGCCAACGACACUUCACCGCACAAGCCAGGUCCGCUGGCUCCCUUCCUUCGAUCACGAGUACUUGAGCAUGGCACCUUUGGAGUAUCGCACACCCGAGUACCCACAGAAUCCCGGCCAGGACAUGUGGCAUUGAUUGCUGGGUUGUACGAGGAUGUCGCCGCGGUGACGACUGGAUGGAAGAUGAACCCAGUCAACUUCGACAGCGUGUUCAACAGGAGUCGGCAUACAUGGAGUUGGGGAAGUCCAGAUAUCUUGCCAAUGUUCUCCACGGGAGCUGUUCCAGGCAGAGUUACGGACGCGACAUAUGGUCACGAAUUUGAAGAUUUUAGCAAAGAUGCGACUGAGCUUGACUAUUGGGUCUUCGAUCGGGUCAAGCAGCUGUUCAAGGAUGCCGAAACGGAUGAAGUGCUCAAUGCACAGCUGCGGCAGGACAAGCUUGUCUUCUUUCUCCAUCUCCUCGGUCUUGACACGUCUGGCCAUGCAUACCGACCAUACUCGAAAGAGUACCUGCGGAACAUUCAAGUCGUCGACCAGGGUGUCAAGGAAGUUACGGAGAUCAUGGAGGAGUUUUAUGGAGACGGCGAGACGGCGUACGUCUUCACAGCAGACCAUGGAAUGAGUGACUGGGGAAGCCACGGUGAUGGACAUCCAGAUAAUACCCGAACUCCGCUCAUUGCCUGGGGAUCUGGCGUUGCGAAACCGGUUACUGUACGCAAAGGCAAGGCACCAGGCCAUGAAGAUGGGUUCUCGCAUGACUGGCAUCUGGAUCAUGUCAAGCGCCACGAUGUCGCCCAGGCUGACGUCGCUGCUCUCAUGGCGUACCUUGCAGGUCUGGAGUUUCCUGUGAAUUCUGUUGGAGAGCUGCCACUAUCGUUCCUCGACGCCAGUGAUGAAGAAAAGUCCAAAGCUUUGUUGACCAAUGCAAAGGAGAUCCUCGAAAUGUACCACGUCAAGGAGCGUGAGAAAAUGGCAGUGGUACUUCAGUACAAGCCAUACCCGGGCUUCGCGGAUGCCCAGAGCAACGUAGAAGCUCGACUGGCAUCGAUUGAACAGUUGAUCAGCAAGAGAAACUUCAAGCAGGCCAUUGAUCGUACCGACGAGCUCAUCCAGCUUGGACUUCGAGGCUUGCGCUAUCUGCAAACAUACGACUGGUUGUUCCUUCGAACUCUGGUCACCGCAGGAUACCUUGGCUGGAUCGCAUUUGCGUUCACAACUGCGAUUGAUGUUCAUAUGCUUGAUGGUAAAGUCGAGGCGUCACGACCGACCGCAGGUAUUGUGGCCUUUUCCUCCAUCUUAGUAGGCCUCUACAGCUUACUAUUCACCCAAUCUUCGCCAAUCACCUACUAUGCGUAUGCAUUCUUCCCAGUGAUGUUCUGGGAAGAGGUGUUUGCGAGGCGAAAUGCCAUCUUCGAGAGCRAGAGGAGAAUUGCUGCAAAGUUCUCCAAGAAUGAUACCCGCCAGUUGGCGUUGUAUCUCCUCGCCUACUUGGGAAUGCUGGAGGUCAUGGUGCAAAGCUACUAUCACCGCCAAGUCUACACGAUAUGCUAUUUGCUCGCCGCUGCAUGGCCGUUGCUCUACGGGACUGAAUUCGUGCAAAAGAAUCUGAUCCUCUGCGGAACGUGGGCAGCUGCAACUGCCUCGAUGAGCAUAUUCACUAUGCUGCCUGCGAAUAAGGUCGAGGACCCGAACCUCAUCUCAUUUGGCGGCGUGCUCAUCCUCGCCAUCGGCCUGCUCUACAUCGCUUUCGAAAAGCACCUGCUCACCAAGACCGCGCCGACAAAAGAAAUUCCAGCUGCUGAGAUAGCCGAAGAUGGCGUUUCAAGAGCAAUCCUGGGUGUGCAAGUCGGGUUGAUCGCGCUUGCGAUUGUUGUGACUCGUUCAAGCGUCGCUUCCUUGCAAGCAAAGCAGGGUCUCCCGCUCGGGACGCAAGUCCUCGGGUGGACAACAUUGAUCGCCUCACUCACUGUACCCUUCCUUCACGCCCUACGACCACGCGAUCACUAUCUCCAUCGCCUUGCCAUCAUCUUCCUGGCAUUCGGCCCACUCUUUGUCAUCCUCACAAUCYCCUACGAGGGUCUAUUCUACUUGGCCAUAGCAGCAACUCUCAUCUCCUGGGUGCGCCUUGAACACCGCAUCCACCAAUUCGGCGUUGCUGCCACCAAUGCAUCACCUCCCACCACCAAGACCAAUGGCGCAGCAAAGGGACUUAAAACACCCUUGGCUGCAGCACUCACCGCCGCGCGCGCUCGCGAAGCCGCAUUGAAAUCUGGCGACUACCGCGCCCUCACACUCUCCGACGCAAGAAUCUGCCUCUUCUUCCUCUUCAUUCUUCAAUCCGCCUUCUUCAGCACAGGAAACAUCGCCUCAAUCUCCUCCUUCUCCCUCGAUGCCGUCUACAGACUCAUCCCAAUCUUCGACCCCUUCAGCCAAGGCGCACUCCUAGUCCUCAAACUUCUCGCCCCUUUCGCUCUGGUAUCCGCCAAUUUGGGAAUUCUGACAAAGAGACUCCGACUCCGCGGCGGAAGUCUCUUCGCCGUGGUGAUGGGAAUCGGAGAUUACUUGACCCUGCGCUUCUUCUGGGAAGUGAGGGAUGAAGGCAGUUGGUUGGAAAUUGGAGAGAGUAUCAGUAUGUUUGUCAUUGCAAGUGUGCUGUGUGUCUUUGUCGCGGGUCUGGAGGCUCUUAGCGAGCUUUUUGUUCGCGGAGUAGAAUUUCAGGAAGAUUCUGGUGUGGAGGUCGUCAAUGUGAGCACGGGAGCAGUCAACGGGACCGCGGAUAGAGCUGGCAAGACUAUCAAGGCUGCGGGCAAAAAGGGGCGUAAUGCAUAG